AUGGCAUUCAGCAACUCCACCUCUCCCUCCCUGGGCGGUCUCGGCAGCCUUCCAGAAGACGAUGUCAUCAGCCUCGGCUCCAGUGAUUCUUCUUCUUCUUCCGCCUCCGCCGAAACCGCCGAUCCCGCUACUCCCAACCUAUCUCCAUUCGAGGAAGCUGACAGCGGGGAAAAGAGUGUCAAUAAGAGCGUCUUCCCGCCUGCGGCGGACCAGUACGGAUCGUCGAAUGAUGAAGAAGCUGCACAAGAUUCCGAGACCCGCUCUACUCGCACGGAUGAGAUGGUUGACGAAGCAAAGCUGGUCGAGGCCUUCGAGGAAAUUGGAAACUUCCUAGAGCGUCUUGAGUCCGACUGGUGGGCUUCCGCCAAAAAAGAAAUGAACACGAGCGUCAAAGAGCUUUUGGAACAGCAGAGCAAGCGAUUCGAAGAAGCCUACAACAAGGUAGUGCAGCAAGAGACAGACAUCCACCGAGAGAAUACCAAUGGACUCAUCACCCGCGUCUCGCAGCUCGAAGCUACUUUGGCCAGUCUCUCAAACCCGCAGAAGCAAGAGGUCGGCAGAAACCAAGAGUCCACCGAUGGGCUGGUCAACCGCGUCGCGCAGCUCGAAACUACCCUCGCCAACCUCACGCUCCAGAAGACCCCGCCCGACAUCCAUGUUGACGUUCACAUGCCGUCGCAGCAAUCUACCAGCACCACCGCUGACGACGCCCCUCCCCGACGUCCGCCUCACGAUGAGGAUAGCUCUGAUGGUCGUCCUCAGUCCUCUUUGUCUCUGAAAGACAGCCUGGAUUGGACCGCGGGCCUUCUGAUGCAAAUGUCAUACCAUUAUUCUUCGAACGGCAACAUCAUGAGAACCUUCAGAGAAGCGAGGAGCAUGAGGCAGACAAAUCCAUCUGGCUGUCGCGAGAAGAUUUGUGAGCUGUGCGGCAUUCUGGAGGCGUUUGCCGCACGCCGAAGAUACCCGGAGAACAGGAAUCCUCGAGAUGCGUGGGAGGAGGCUGUCGCGAUGAGGGCGGUGGAACUUCUCAAGAUGGCACUAUGA